AUGGGAGAAGAGUGCAAGGAAGGCGGCGGCUGCGGCCGUCAUGCGGCGGAGGGCGUCGUCGAACCGGCCGACUCGGCGAAGCUGUACGAGGACGUGCCGCCGAUGCCGCUGAUGGCGCUCAACCAUAUCUCCCGCCUGUGCAAGUCCGUCGAGGACUCCGUCCGGUUCUACGUCAAGGCCCUCGGCUUCGUCCUCAUCCACCGCCCGCCGGCGCUCGACUUCUCCGGCGCAUGGCUGUUCAACUACGGGGUGGGGAUCCACCUGGUCCAGCGCGACGACGCGCGGAGGGUGCCCGACGUGAACCCCGGCGAGCUGGACCCCAUGGACAACCACAUCUCCUUCCAGUGCGAGGACAUGGGAGUCAUGGAGCGCCGGCUCCGGGAGAUGCGCAUCAGGUACAUGAAGCGGACCAUCAACGAGGAGGAGGGCUCGCCCAUCGACCAGCUCUUCUUCAAGGACCCCGACGGCUUCAUGAUCGAGAUCUGCAACUGCGAGAACCUCGAGCUCGUCCCCGCCGGCGCGCUCGGACGCCUCAGGCUCCCGCGCGGCCGCCACAACCCGCCCGUCCAGAUGGUCCACCACGGCGGCGACGGCGAGUAG